UGUCAACAGCUUGUACAAGUUUGUAUACAGCUCCUAAGAAUUACAGCAAUUAAAGGCAGAUUCAGCGAGGAGGCUGAGACUUGGCACAAGAGGGGGUUGUCGGGUGUGCGUUUGUCAGCUCCGAGGAAACUGAGUGCAAAUAUUUCUCCAUCCUUAUGUCCACAAUUCUACUUUAAGAGAAGUACAGCGCGAUGCGAACACAGCGCAGAUCCACUACCAAGUAACGGGUGUACAAGAAGCGGGAAGCCGGAGCGCGCCAACACCCAAGAGCACUCGCAUGCACAACAACUUCGGCCAGCCCGUCACUGCUCCUGAACAAGAGUCCCCUUCUCCGUACCGCCCGACUUUUCCUGCCUCCUCUUCCCACGCCUCCAGAACCUUCCCACUCCCGUCCAACCUAUCCCCGUUCCUCCCCUGUGGAUCCGCCAUCGUUGCCACCCUGGGUGAUGCCUGUGCCCAUAACUGCCCUGAUGCUCCGUACCGCCCGACUUUUCCUGCCUCCUCUUCCCACGCCUCCAGAACCUUCCCACUCCCGUCCAACCUAACCCCGUUCCUCCCCCGUGGAUCUGCCUGCGCCCGCAACUGCCCUGAUGCAAUGUUAUGCGUCAUUACCAACCCGGUAAACUCCACUCUUCCCAUCGCUUUGGAAAUUCAUAAGCAGCAUGGAGUUUACGACCCCAAGCGGGUGUUUGGUGUGACGACUCUGGACGUCAUCAGGGCUAACACCUUCGUGGCCGAACUCUCAGGACUGGAUCCGGCUCGCGUCAACGUUCCCGUUGUUGGUGGCCAUGCGGGCAAGACUAUCAUUCCGCUUUUGUCCCGGUGUUCUCCCAAAGUGGAGUUCACUGCAGAUACGCUGGCUACCCUGACGGGCCGUAUCCAGGAGGCAGGCACGGAGGUGGUUAGGGCAAAGGCUGGGGCAGGCUCUGCCACCCUCUCCAUGGCAUACGCAGGGGCAAGGUUCACCUUGUCUCUGCUGGAUGCAAUGAAUGGCAAAGAGGGGGUCGUGGAGUGUGCAUUCGUCAGGUCCGAGGAUCACGAAUGCACAUACUUCUCCACCCCUCUCCUCCUCGGCGGACAAGGAGUGAAGAGGAACCUGGGACUGGGAAAGCUCUCCGCUUUUGAGAGCAGACUGGUGGCAGAAGCCCUGGAGGAGCUGAAGGCCUCCAUCAGGAAGGGGGAGGACUUUGCAAAACACCUGUAAGGCCAGUGUAAAUUAAGAAGCUGAGGCUCUAAAAUCCAGAGUAAAUCUUACU